AUGGCUGGUACUGUUGUUGGGGUCGUCACAAUCGGAUUCAUGGGUCUCCUGCUGUCUGCACAGGACGGUGAGGCAGGCAAUCUUAUGUUUGACGGUGCUAGUCUAUGUCAGUGUUACUCAUUUUUCUGCGUUCUGCUGAUGGAUAAGCUCAUAUGUUCUCUAACAGUCCUCUACGGGUCUGCCGCGGCGGUAUACGUAUACUCGGCGGUGCCAAAGUUGUCUAAUUUUGCAAAUUUGACCCCAUUCGCUGCGAAUUUGCCCAGAUUUCCCCCUCAUCUUCGACAACCCACUAUCGAAAUGGCCUCUUCUCACCUUAUAUGUGCCGUGUGUCUCACCGGAGUUCUAAUUCUCCAAGCCGCUCGAUACUGGGCCGAAGGAGAAGAAGAUGAUGGUGCUCUUGACUCGCGUGUCGACUCUUCUGAAGGCAACUGGAAGCGCAGUCCUCGUCCAGUAGAGCCCAGCCCCGAGGGAGCUCGCAAAACAAGGACACGCGCAAGUGAAUCCCCGUCAACGAGACGGAAAUCACCUGUCAAGCGUAAAAAGGCGGGCUCGAUUUCUCAAGCUCGAUAG